UCUGAAUUAUAGUCCGAAACUGAGUUAAACCAGAAAGUCCAACCGAUCUCAAUUUGAAGUAUACCGUAAUUUUUCCGACCAAACACCCACUUCCUUUUCUGUUGCAGUGCUUAGAUAACUAGGUUAGAUUCGUUCGUUAAAAUUUGAAGAGAAAGAGAGAAAAAAAGAGAAACAGAGAUGUCUUCUCACGGUAACUCUUCUUCAGCUGCAAGCGAUCCAAGACAACCAUCAACAGCGAGACCAUACAAGCCUCCAACAGUACUUCCACAAGAUCUACCUUUUGAUUACUCUGGUUUCAUCGCUAUUAUCUGUGGUGUCACUGGUGUUAUGUUCAGGUACAAACUUUGCUCUUGGCUCGCUAUAAUCUUCUGUGCGCAGUCACUGGCAAGCAUGAAGAACUUUGAAAAUGAUCUUAAACAGAUAUCCAUGGCCAUGAUGUUUGCUAUCAUGGGAUUGGUGACAAACUACUUCGGCCCUGCUCGACCAGGCACCCAAAGUUAACCUUCACAACAGUGCUGGAAGUUUCAAGGCUGCAGACAUAUCUAGCUCUCUCGAUGACUGUCUUCAUAAUUUUUUGAUGGAUAUUAGCACUAGAAUUAAUUUCUUUUUCCAUUUGUAGCGUGACAUGAAUAGUUCAAUCAGCUGAUUGUGUUAAACACAUUUAUGAAGAUUAUCCUGUGUAAAUUGGUGCAUGAUCAUCAAGUAGUACUGAAAUAAUAUGCUUAAAAUGGAUUCGAGACUACUGUUUAAAAAAAAUAGCUGGUGAUUUUGUGGAGACUUGACAAAAGUUGGCAA